AUGGAACAUGCACUCGAUCUGCAACUGUCGAUACCGGAAAUCCAUCAUACAUUCGUCACGUCCCAGGGAGAUUUCUACUCUCCCCCCAUUGCAGGCGUUGCUCGCAUCUUCCCGCCAUGUACAGAGUCAACAGAUGAUCUCCGGGUCAAUGUCAGUCUCAUCCGGAUGAUCAACUCGGGAGGUCCUAGUCCUACAACGCCAUGCAAUAGCAAGUUCAGUCUCCAGCGGUUCAAGAGACAUGCCUUGACUCGGAGCCGCGGAGACAACAUCUCCCAGCCAGGCAAGCAUAACAGCAUGGAGACAGUGGUGCAUUGCAAUCUCUUCCAUACGCCGCACCGAUUAUCACGAGAUGAUGGAAGGCUCGCACGGGAGUUUGCUUUUUCUCUCCCCAUUCCAGAUGACAUCCCCAGCACGACAUAUACGAGGCUGGGGAGCGUCUCCUAUAUGGUGCGGGCAUCAGUAACCACGGCACUCGGAACAACAGUGGACACUACGCAACAGAUUUCGAUAGUGCGCCGUAUGGUUCUCUCCUACUCUGAGCCAAUGAUUUCCAUUCGGCACUACCGAAAUUCUGAAAUGACGACAAGGCUCUAUCUGACGCCAGAACUACCACAAGACCCGACGGUCCAGAUGUCAUACCGUGCACGCCUGGUGGCUGAGCAAAUGGUGGCCCACGGCCCACGGAAAACAGAAGUGAGACAUGUCGUUGUCAAAGAUUUGCAAUGGAAAGUACAGGAGAGGGUUAGGGUUCUGGAGAUCCCAGGUUGCAGCAUUUUCAGGAGAAGUGAUGUCCGCUGCAAAGCACAACAUGUGCAUGAACUCUGCGCGGGCAAUCUUGGAGCCGCGUACUUGGGGACAGGGUCAUUGGGACAAGAGUCCAAAGGUGACCACAUUGAGUUCAAUUUUGAUAUCAAGAUUCCGAGAGAUGCCGCUGUCUCCGAGGCGUUGAAUCUAUCUUCCUAUGUUAAUGGGAGCGGGUGGAGAUGGACCAACCCAAGAGGUUGCGAGGGCAACGGGCCUCUGCAAAGAAGGGUCAUAACAGUGGAUCAUCAACUCAAACUCGAUAUCAUCACUGGAGAGGAUACCUUCGAUACGGUGACCGGAAAACUUGUGGACCGAAAGCCUCUGUUCAAAUCCUUCAGUGCAUUCUUUCCCCUCCCUGUCCACGACAUAGACGGCAAUGAGAAUGUGUCUGGGGGUGUUUUCAGUUUGAAUGAUGAUGCUCUUCCCAAAUAUGAAGAUGCUUCUAUGAUGCCGCCUCACUACGAGGCAACUGGAUAA